UCCUCGCGUCAGUCAUCGUAUGUUGCUCUUGCAGUCGAGAUCGUUUUUACGUACUCCUGUUCGAAUACAACGUGUGAAUACCAUGGCGUCUCCGAAGCCCUAUGCUUCUGUGUCUGAAGAGUCGAGUGAAGUGCAAGUGUUGGACUCAAUAGAGCCGCUUGUCACGGCCUCCUCUUCUACGCCGUCUGCGAGUAGUGCGCGAGUGAUGGACUCAAUAGAGCCGCUUGUGCCUACCGUGGUGAUUUCGUCGAACCUCGUUGAACCGGUUGCUGGUCCCAGUGGGAUGGCAUCUGGUUCCGGUGGUAGCCAACCGGCUACCGCUAGUUCUUCGGACGAGGAAGACGAAUUCGCUGCGACGCAGGUGCCUAGACCUACGGGUUCAUCUGGCAGAAGAUUGAAUCCGUACUCAGACGAAUUAAGAUCUAUGUGGAAUUGGCGCAAGAUCUUUUUGGAAUUGGGCACUCAUGAUCAGUGUGUCCAAUUUGCUGAGGAGAGGAACCUGAUCCUGACGGAGAAGCUCUGCAGCUAUCACCGAAAACCGAUGACGCUUACGAAGGAGUCAGGCCAACUUGGCAAAUUCAGAUGCAGAAAAAGCAACUGCCGGACUAAAACUGUGUCCCGUGCUAGUGGGACAUGGUUCGAAGAUGCUAGGUUGCCCCUCACAUUUAUAUUUCAAAUAAUGUAUGCUUUCAGUGAGGGAAUAUCAUACCACCAGACAAGAAAGCAGCUAGCAUCCCAAGAUAGUCCGGUGUUAUCAAGUAGGACAGUAGCGAAUUGGUUCAAUUACUGCAGGGAAGUUAUUGCCGUCCACGAACUGCAAAACCAAAGGGUCCAAGGAAAGAUAGGGGGCCCUAAUAAAGUGGUACAAAUUGACAAAUCAAAGUUUGGAAAGAGAAAAUAUAAUCGUGGACGGCAGAUCGAAGGCCAUUGGGUGAUAGGAAUGAUCGAAGACGGCAAUGAUGACUUCAGGCUCGAAGUGUGUCCCGAUAAUGAGCGAUCUGCGGAGAUAUUGGUGCCACUUAUAAAAAAACAUGUCGCGGAAGGCUCGAUCAUACACACUGAUUAUUGGAGAGCAUAUAUGAGCCUUCCCGACCAUGGAUACAUUCACAACAGGGUCAACCACAGUGACCCUGUCAAUAAAUUUGUGAACCAGUGGAGAGGUUUGAAAAAACAUUUCCGGCAAAGCCAAAAUAAACAGGAUUUCACCCUUUGGCUCUCAGAGUAUUCCUGGAGGAGGAGGAUUUACAUUGACCACUUGGAUCCAUACGAGGAAUUAUUAAAAGCUAUUAAGUUUGUGUAUGAUAGGGAGUAAAUAUAUAUUUUUAUAAUAAGGGUCGGACAA